CGGUGCAUCAGAAAUUCAAUAUCAAGAGGAAACAAGACUAGACCGUUCAUCGCAAAACUGCUACUGCCUGCUCUCCUCUCUUCCACGUGCGGGAAGUGAAUGCUUUUCUCUUUUGGCAUCCGAAUGUUUGCAUCCAUAAUGAAACACAUACUUUUGUUUUCAAGACUGAUGGCUGUGCCAAUCAUGUUGGCACUGUCGUGUUGUAGUGCCCAGGAAUCGCUAUCGGAACCACCAUCGGAAUCAGCCUUGACAGAACAUCAGAAACACAUACAGCAAACGACGAUGGACUUCAGCGGGGUCGACUUUUCCGGUGAUGCAGAAUCAGUAGCAUCACUGGCUGUGGAUGCCAUGGCUAGAGAUAUGAAACAGACUGGUCGUUUUUCGAAGCUAUUCGAAAAGACCAAAACUCCUGAGUGUCGGGAGUUGAUAGCGGAACACUACGGUUACUUCCUCAAAGCCAUUGCCACCGAGACACCGCUUCCGUUUGCCAGUACAAAAUUCGACUCGUCUUGUGAAGACGAGCACCCAUGGGAUUUCAACAAUCUACCCAAAGGAGUUCACAUGGGUAUUGUGCAAAAUCGCACCUACCAACCUCCCCGCAAUGAAACGGAUGAGGACUCCCUAUACAUUUCCGCCGAAGAAGUCGUCUUGUGUUACGGGAUCCUUGCGCACGAUAGUGCUGAGUCUACCAUUCGAAUUAUCGAAGCAGUCGAUGAACCAACUACAACAUUUGUGGUUCAUAUUGAUGGAAAAUACGAAGAAAAUUAUCUGAAGCUGAAGGAAUAUGCUAGCCAUCGAGACCGAGUCAUCGUAUUAGAUCAUCCCCAUCGCGUCCGUGUCAAUUGGGGAGGCUUCAGGUAAGAGACCUUGCAUUCUGGGCGAUCCACUCAAUUUGUAGAUGUAGGCCAUAAAAGAACGAAUUGUGACAAUGUUUGUUGGAAUUGACCGUUCUCUGGUAAAUUAGCAGGCGGACGUUUCCUUCGAACUCAAGUGCUUUUUUUUAAUGAACUGCUUUCCUUCUGUGCCAUUGCUCGGGACUUCUAUAGUAUGGUUAAUGCAACACUUCAGAUAUUGAAUUAUAUUGAUCAAAACGACGUGCCAUUUACACAUUUCAUCCACAUGGCAAGCACAUCUUAUCCCAUUGUUAGCAACAGGCGCAUUCGGAACACACUUGCGGAAUAUCCAGUUGAUGCCAAUUUGAUGCACAUAAUUCUCAAACCAGCAAGGCCCUCAGAAUCGAUUUGGAAUUACUUUGUCGAAUGCGAUGAUCAGCUUCAUCGCAUUCAUAGAUUGCCAAUUAUCACAAAGGAACAGAAUAACGCUGACUUCUAUACCUCCAGCCAGUGGUUCAUCAUCAGCAAAGAAUUUGCUCACUACUUGGCCAAUCCACAAAAAGAAGAGGCGAUUUUCCUGCGGCAGUAUUUGGAUUAUAUCGAACAUGCUGUUGUGGCAGAUGAAAAUUUUUUUGGUACUGUCCUGCGAAACACUCAUUUUUGCAACAAGGUACGUCAGAUUACACUCAUAUAUAUUCUUUGAAAACUUCCACGUGAACACGCUUGAAUACAUUGCGAUUUUGAUUUUCGAAAAGUUUUCUGAACCCAAAACUUGCUUCGCCGGUCACCCCAUCUUGUGCUUCCUUAGCAUCACAAUUGGAACUUUCUGCAUCUGAUGUUUGAUCAAUGGGAAAACGAGCAAGAUCUUUCGAAGAGGGACCAGCGAAAGUGCAUGAUGCCCGAUCCAAAUCACUGCGGGAGA